AUUGGUUCCAGAGAGGAAGGAGAUAGUAAACGUCGUUUCAUCCUUUUUUUAAGCCGCUGAUAUAAGACUCGAUAUACGCGCGAGUUUGGUAGCCUGCAACUCGUCCAUUGUCUCUCUACCUUCAGCCUCUACAACGCACCCCUUGAAGAAACCCGAUUUGUCUGAUCUGAUCUAAGAAAAGGACAUAUCUACAAUCUACAAUGAGUGGGCCUGCUGUCACCAUCGCUCAGCCGGUUGUUGUGUCACUUGCUGACCUGAAGGCCGGAACUGUCCCUUUCGAAAGGCUUGUCGAAGCUUUCGGCCCGGACUCUCUCGGUAUUCUGGUUGUUAAAGAUGUCCCUCCCGAGUUUCCCCAACUCCGGCGGCAAGCCCUGUCUUACGCCUCAUAUCUCGGGAAUCUCCCUGAAGACGAACUUCGCAAGGUUGAGAACGCGGCCGCAAAAUACCUCACCGGCUGGUCCCUGGGCAAGGAGCAGCUGAAGGACGGCCAGGUCGACACCUUCAAGGGCUCGUUCUACGCAAACUGCGCCUUCUACACGGACCCGGCGCUCGACUGCGCCAGGCCCACGGCCGAGUUCUCCCCCGAGAACUUCCCCGAGUACCUCUCGCCCAACAUCUGGCCGGCGCCGGCCGUCCUCCCGGGCUUUAAGAGCAGCCUCGAGGACCUCUGCCGCCUCCUCAUCGACACCGCCGUCCUCGUCGCGCGCGCCUGCGACCGCUACGCCGAGAGCGAGAUCGACGGCUACGCCAGCGGAUACGUCGAGCACGUCGUGAGCACGAGCAACACCACCAAGGCGAGGCUGCUGCACUACUACCCGCAGUCCCAGGAGGACGCGACCGGGAACGAGGACGACUGGUGCGGCGUCCACCUGGACCACUCGGUUCUGACGGCCCUGACGUCGGCCAUGUUCGUCGACGAGCAGACGACGUCCCCCGCGGUCCCCGCGGACCGCAACACCCCCGACGCGACUCUGCCGCCGUUGGACGAGCUGCCGGGGAGCCCCGACCCACUGGCCGGGCUGUACAUCAAGUCGCGGACCGGGGAGACGGUCCAGGUCAAGAUCCCGAGGGACUGCAUCGCGUUCCAGACGGGCGAGGCGCUGGAGAGGAUCACAAAAGGGAAAUUCAAGGCCGUCCCGCACUUUGUGCGGGGCGUGAGGCCGUCCAUGAGCAACGGCAGGGUGGCGAGGAACACGCUGGCCGUCUUCACGCAGCCCAACCUCGGCGAGGAGGUCGACGCGGACCAGCACAUCACCUUUGGGGAGUUUGCGAGGGGCGUCGUGAGCAAGAACACGGUCGAGGCUUGAUUUCUAGCGUAUAUAAUAUCCAACAAUCACAGUCGUUAACUUUAACGAUGCUCCCUGGGGCUUCAGUGGUCGUCCUCCUAUAGGGAUC